UCGCGAAUCCUGCCGUGUUUACGGACAACGGGUAAAAUAAACGUGCGUUUCUUUGUUUGGAAAAGUGUAUGGAGGUUUCGUGUUAGAGAAGUCAGGGGGUCAGCAUUCUUGAUGGUGUCAGGAGACGAUUCAAAUGGUGGCCGAUUAUCGAGGAAAAAUACCAGGUCCCCAAACCGCAAGUCAAAGAAAGGAGAUGCAGACCUAGCUAAGGGGUCAACGUUGCGAAAUGCUUCGCAACCUUCUGUUCACAAACGGAACCUUUAUGUUGUUUCAUUUCCCAUAAUUAUUUUAUUCAAUAUUUUACGAUCAAUUUUAUACCAACUAUUUUUGAUAUUCAAAUACUUAUAUACGGCUUCGCAUCGGUUCAUGAAAAAGCCUCGUAAGAUCGGCGAGUGCAACUUAGAAGUUGUAGUGAAAGACGGUAUAGUGUCCACAGAGAUAGCUCAAGAAGAUAUGUCUCAUCACGUCGGACCAGGCGAUCCACUGCUGGCCAAGCAGAAGCAUCAUCAUCGCAAAGCUUUUGAAUACAUAUCGAAAGCUUUGAAGAUUGAUGAGGAAAACGAAGGCCAAAAGGAGCUAGCAAUAGAACUGUACAAGAAAGGGAUUUUUGAAUUGGAGCGAGGUAUCGCUGUCGACUGCUGGGGAGGUAGAGGAGACGCUUGGCAAAGAGCUCAAAAACUACACGACAAGAUGAAAACAAACCUUGGAAUGGCUAAGGAUCGUUUACAUUUCCUUGCCAACCUAGUCGCCCUAAGUAAACUGGGUGUUGAAAGUGAGCCAGAGAGGAGUGACAAAAAGCCAACUGAAUCACCUCUCAAGGUCCGAAAGCCGCUAGAGAAGUCCAAGACAACGUUACUGUCACAUACAGAAAAUAAUUGUGGUCAAACAAAGCCGCCGACAGAAGUUGCAGGACGAAAACUGACGACGGCAGGCCGAAGAGUGCCUAGCAGUGGAGGAGGGCCCUUGAUGAAAUCUCAGACUUUGCCGAGGUCCAUGGGCAGAUCAUCCUCCCAGCCGAACAGCUCUAACGGGGGCUACACACGGUACCCCAUGAAGCCUGCGUCUACACCGCCGGCUGUUAAAAGACAGUUGUCUAGCGCGUACCAGGUGCCGGUAAACGGUUCGCCAGUCCGCCGGGCGGUGAGUGGCUCACAACGCGGAACGCCCACCAGGAGUAGGACUCCGCAGCCCGCGCUAACCGUCCGAGGCGUCGACCCGAAGCUGGUCCAGCUUAUACUGGACGAGAUAGUCGAAGGAGGACCCAAAGUAAACUGGGACGAUAUAGCUGGCCAAGAGGCAGCAAAACAAGCAUUGCAAGAAAUGGUUGUUCUACCUUCGUUGAGGCCCGAACUCUUCACCGGACUCCGAUCGCCAGCCCGAGGCUUACUUUUGUUUGGACCUCCAGGAAAUGGCAAGACUCUGCUAGCGCGAUGCGUAGCGGCCGAAUGCUCAGCGACUUUCUUCUCGAUAUCCGCCGCGAGUCUGACCAGCAAAUACGUGGGCGAAGGCGAGAAGAUGGUGAGGGCUCUGUUCCAAGUCGCUAGAGAACUGCAGCCUUCAAUAAUAUUCGUGGACGAGGUAGACUCGCUGCUGUGCGAGAGAUCGUCCGGCGAGCACGAGGCGUCUCGGCGGCUGAAGACGGAGUUCCUGGUGGAGUUCGACGGGCUCCCGGCGGCCGGAGCCGACAGACUCAUUGUGAUGGCCGCCACCAACCGACCUCAGGAACUGGAUGAGGCUGCGUUGAGACGGUUCCCGAAGCGCGUGUACGUGUCGCUGCCGGACGCGCGGGUGCGGGCGGCGCUGGUGCGCGGCGUGCUGGCCCGCGGCGCCGCGCAGACAGAGCUCGCGGACGACGAGCUGGUGCGCCUCGCCGCGCUCACCGACGGCUACUCCGGCAGCGACCUCACCGCGCUCUGCAGGGACGCCGCGCUCGGGCCCAUCCGAGAGCUAGAUCCUGAGGAAGUGAAAUGUCUGGACCUGUCAUUGGUCCGGAGCAUUACCUUCCAAGAUUUCCUAGAUUCGCUGAAAAGGAUCCGACCUUCUGUGUCUCCGCACAGCCUCGUCGCGUACGAGAAAUGGUCCGUGCAAUAUGGCGAUUUGGGAUUUUGAAUUUUUAGUUAAUGGUAGUUGAGAUAUUGGCUACGAAUGUAAGCGGAGCGCCCGGUCGUGAGAUGUCGGAGACAGUUCUUCGGCGCGACCACGCGGCGGGAGUUCGCCCCCUGACACACGUGAAUGCGUCGCAAUCCACAAAACGUCGCUCAAAUGUUAACUCGAAUCUCAUGUUUUAUUUCCAUAUUAAAAAUUUACAAUUUAAAACGGAUGCCGAUUCUGUUCGAUGACAUGCUUUGAAUUAAAUAAAUAUUAUUAAAUUAAUUUUUAAAAAAUAAUAAUUAAUAAACGAUAAUAUUCGUGUCUAGUCAGUAAUGUUUUGGUUUAUACUAAUGAAUUAAUAUUGUGUUUUAAUUUUAACUUGCCAUUAUAUUUUAAAUUAUUAAUAGAAAUGAAAUUAAA